GCGGGGGGCUGCUGGCGGGCGGAGGGCAGCGGCGAGGCGCCUGACCGCACGGCUCCGCUCCGCGCCCGAGGAUGCUUGGGGGGCGAUGCCCGGCGACAGGGAGGACGAGAUCUGCCAGAAAGCGCUGCAGCUGCUGGCCGAGCUGUGCUCCGUCGGGGCGGUGGAGAACGAGAAUUGCCGUGAUUUCAUCUACUACCUGCGGGACAGAGCCCGGCCCCGCCUCACCGACUCAGAUAUCUCAAUAAGCUUGCUUUCCUUAGUUGUCACAGCCUGUGGUCUUGCUCUGUUUGGUGUGUCCCUGUUCGUGUCCUGGAAGCUUUGCUGGAUUCCUUGGCGAGAGCGUGGCCUGCCAUUUGGGAACAAAGACAAACAAGAGUCUCUGAACUACACAGAUACAGAGACCAAUGACCAUGACUACAGCGAGGAUUAUCUUGGUCAGCCAACAACAUACCCAGAGUCCUCCAUGAAGAUCAGCCACACCUCUCCUGAUAUUCCAGUAGAUGCUCAGGCAGGAACAAAGGAGAACUGUGUACACAAUGCACGAAUGCAUCGUCAGAUCACUGAACCAACCUCUUCUGCUCGGCAUAAUUCAAUCCGAAGACAGCUCAACCUCUCCAAUCCUGACUUCAACAUCCAGCAGGUUCAGAAACAGGAGCAACUGACUGGAAUUGGCCGCAUUAAGCCAGAGCUUUAUAAACAGAGAUCUGUGGACACGGAUGAUGGCCGGAGGAGUAAUAGCAAGGCAUGUGGAAGACUGAACUUUAUUCUGAAAUAUGACUGUGAUUUGGAGCAGCUGAUAGUGAAGAUACACAAGGCCAUCAACCUGCCAGCAAAGGACUUCUCUGGAACUUCAGAUCCGUAUGUGAAGAUAUAUCUACUUCCUGACAGAAAAACAAAACACCAGACUAAAGUACACAGAAAGACCCUAAAUCCAGUAUUUGAUGAAGUUUUUUUAUUUACUGUUCCAUACAAUGAUCUGAAUGCACGGAAGCUCCAUUUCUCUGUCUAUGACUUUGACAGAUUCUCCAGGCAUGACUUGAUUGGCCAAGUGGUAGUGGAUAAUUUUUUAGAUUUGGCAGAUUUUCCCAGGGAAUGUAAUAUUUGGAAGGAUAUUGAAUAUGUCACCAAUGAUAAUGUGGAUCUUGGUGACCUCAUGUUCUCACUCUGCUACCUUCCAACAGCUGGCAGACUAACUAUUACAAUAAUAAAGGCAAGAAAUUUAAAGGCAAUGGAUAUCACAGGAGCAUCAGAUCCCUACGUGAAGGUUUCUUUAAUGUGUGAAGGAAGGCGACUAAAGAAAAGAAAAACUUCCACCAAGAGGAAUACCCUUAAUCCCGUUUACAAUGAAGCCAUAGUCUUUGACGUCCCUCCAGAAAACAUUGACCAAAUUAACUUGUCGAUAGCUGUUAUGGAUUAUGACCGUGUAGGUCACAAUGAGGUCAUUGGAGUAUGUCAAGUAGGCAACGAUGCAGAAAGUCUAGGUCGUGACCAUUGGAAUGAAAUGCUCUCAUAUCCUCGGAAACCCAUUGCCCACUGGCAUCCUCUUGCAGAGGGCCCUAUUGAGCAGAAAUGUUAUGCAGGUCUUCUGCGCUUGGAUGGCUGCCGAAGAGGCUUCCUCACCCUUUUAACCUAUUCAGCAGAAAUUUGGCAUUCCUGUUGAACUCUUUCUUAGCCAUAUCCUCAGGGGCUAUUCCACAGAGUCCAGUGGGGAAUCAAGUGGGGGAGGGUGUCCAGCGCAUCCAGGCUGUGCAGAGAAAUAUAUACACAGCAUAUCAUUUUGGUUCCUGAAUCAGGAUUAGACUCAGCGAGAGCUUCUGGAACCUCUGUGGCCACAACCAUAGGACCCUGAAUAUUGCUGAAUAGAACCCUCAGUCUUCAUCUGUGUCAAAAGCUAUUGGUUUCAAGUAGUGCAAUGUUAUCCACUUGUAGCAUUAGUUCUCCAGCUGACACUACUGCUACUGAUAGAUUUUUGUAUGAUCAUAAGCAUUACCCAAAUUCAAGUCAAAUGUUUUGUUUAUUAAAAUAACCCAGGUUUUACAAGCAACAUGACAGCAACGGAAACAACAGAUACUGGAACCAGCUUCAAAUAUGGUUAUUGUAUUCGCAAGGGGAAAAAAAAGUGCAGUAUUGUAAAUGUAAAGCUAUUUAAGUCCUUUUAUCCCAAGAAUGAUUGUCAUCAGACUUAUUUGAUGAGGAGCUGUAUCUUUUGCCUCUGUUAGUGUCCCUUUUCACCUUACAUGAAAUCAAGACUACAUAAUGCACUGCUUAGCAGAAAUGCUUCAAAUCCUUCAAAACUGUAAAAAGUUCUGUUGGGUGAGAACAAGAUACAUGCAGUGUUUGUAAUGACAGUGUGUUCUUUUAGAAAGAAGAUUAGCAUCUGUACAGCAUGGAGGCUGGGAGCCCUUGGUGUUAUUAGAUGAUUUUCCAGUCACUGCUUCUUUGUUGUGUCCAUAACACUGCAAAGGGUUGGCAGAAUCUGACAGGUCACUCUUUCAUCAUACACACAAGCUCGUGCACACACACACAUGGUCUUAAAAUGCUGCUCCAAAUCUAUGUAAUGCCUGUGAAGACUAUUAUUUGUAGUAGAGCUAACAUUGACAGGGCUAUCUUAAAUGAUUGUACAUUGUAAAUGCUGAUGAAUUCUGACCAUUAAAAAAAAAAAUCAAACCAAAUCAAAGCACUACAUUAUUUCACAUGAUGAAAUUUAUGUCCUGGAACAGUAUUCCCUGGGAAAAAUUCUGCUCAUUAUUUAUCCAUGCAUAGGGUUAACUCUUCCUUAACUUUUUUUCUGAAGAGACUUUGAGUCAGGUUUCUACAUCAAUAUCUUUAUCUUAAAAGUCCAAACACAGAUCAUGUGUGUAUUAUACAAUUCAGAUGCCUGCUAAAUACAGGUAGGUAGCCCUUGUCUUCAUAUAUACUGUUCAGGUAAGUUUAUGCACACAAAUGUUGUUUUGCAUCUUGUAUGUGUUAAAUGCUCACCAGUCAUUUUCAGUUUGUAAUUGAGCUGACACAAAAACGAUCGUACAGAUUCAAGAAAAUGUUUGCAAUUUCUAUCUAAAAUAAUAAUUUAAAAAAAAAAUAGUUUUAUAACUUGUUAUUUGGGGAUCUUCCAGAAAACCAGAAUUGUUGAAAGGUAAAAACACAGUUUAAUGUUUGCAGAAGAUCUUGGAUCUGUUGUAAAUAUGUAGUGUGGCUGCAGAGCAGAAGUCCCACAAGUACAGUUGUUCCAAAACCAAAACAUUAAAAUCUCACUUUUUGCUAUGAAGAAUUUAGCUGUCCUUGCAAGCUCAACAACUCUUCAAAGACUGCCCAAGCAAAAUUUCAGAUUGGUAGCAGGGCAUGUCCAGAACAAAAAACACAAAGCAGCGCUAGCAGAGGUAUUUCAAUACAUGCUCAAGUGAAGCCUUAUGUCAGCAGACCAGUGAUAUAAUACAAUGCUCAUAACUGUUCAUGCAUGGUCCUCACUUCAGGCAAAAUUCUGCACUCUUUACUCAGGCACAUCUUCCAGAAGCCAAUGUGGGGAGAUACACAUGAACAAAGAAGGACCUUUUCCUUGUAAGUGGAGAUCUUAGAUUUCCUGGAUAAAACAGCAUAGAUGCAAUACCACCUGGGACACAAGGCAUGCAUCCCCAUUGCAAUCGUUAUUACCAGGGCAGUGUUAUGAACAGAAGCUUCUGUAAGAAUGAAAAGACCUAUGCAGCUAAUUCAUUUUGUCUCCAUGGUACAGAACAGAAAUCUUUCUCAGAUUUGCCUCUAGUGACUCAAAAGGGCAUCAACAGAAAAGAAGUGUCAUUAUAAUUGCUAAUGUUUUUUAUUAUCGUACGCAGUUCAUUUAAUGCUCAAGGGGCUGGCAUCAAGAGAAUGAUUUUAAAAACAGUUUGAAAUAUUUCUAUUACAAAGAAAAGUCUUUUUUCCUUUAUUUUUUUUUAAUUCUCCUAAUUUUUGCUCUCUGACUCAUGACUUACAAGCUGUUACACAGGCCAUGGCAUCAUUUUGUGCUUUAUAAAAUAUCUGCCUUUUCAUAGCAGUGCACAAGUGGAACAACAGAUGUUUUCUGCGCUUCUCUCUCUUCACCUUUUGACUCCACUUAAUCUAUGCUAUUCCCUUGACCUUCAGCAUUCCCAUGUUAUGGUUCUGGUGGGCCUGGCAAUAGCAAUAUCAGAAGUAACGGAGCAUGUACUGCUAGAAAACCAGUUGGAAACACAGAGGUAAUUGUGAUCCCGGUACUGAUCACUUUUCUUUUCUGAACUAUAAUUCACAGAGGUGAAUCAGUAGAACAGCUCAUAAGAAUAAUUCCAAACCUCCAACCCUCAUUUGUUUUAUUUCCUGUGAAGGCACAAUUAUGCUAUAUCACAAGUAAAGCAUUACUAAAAUAAAAAGGGAAAUCCCCCAGGAAUGCAUCUCAGCAAGAUUUUAAUCCCACUUUACUCAUUAACAAUAUUCAAUUAAACUCUUAGUUUUCUAUAAGAAGCUGUGAUUUUUGAUAUUUUUUAUAAAGAAAAAAAAAAUAAAUGAGAGCUUUCCAAGGUUCUACACUGAGGCAGACUAUAAUGGGUAGUUGUGUGAAAUUCUAGGGCUAAAACCUUCACAGGCACAACACUUCUGCAGUUGAGUGUUGAAAUUCCUUUAUUUUUGCUGAAGUCACAAGACUUUAAAAGCAUUUAUUGUUUUUUUGUGUCAUUUUCCCCUGUAAAUAAUCCUGAAGAUACACCAAUCACACAUGCAUUGCAACCUGUAGAAGCAAGGAGGAACAGAACAAAAAGCAAGAAUGGAAAAAAAGAUCCACCUCCCAUACUGUUCCUGCCAGUCAGUACAUUUCAGCUUUCUAUACCAACUGAUACAUAAGACAGCAAACAUUAUAAGGGGGCAACAUAGCUACCAGUAGCAGAACUGGUACAGUGGCAGAGAGCAACAGAAAUGAAUGAAAAGAAAUAUUAUCUUAGUCUAACCUAUUCUUGGUGUGAGGGGCAUGUUUGGUUGUUUUUUUUUGUUUGUUUGUUUGUUUUUUGUUGUUGUUGUUUUGCUUUUUAAACUCCAGCCAAUAUACAAAGCUGUAUCAACACUUUGCAUCUAAAGUCCAAAGUACAAGAGGCAAAUUUGCAGUUUUAUCACCUAGAAGUGUUAGAGCACUGAGAGGACAUAUUUGCCAUUAAAAAUAAUAAUAAUAAAAUUCCCAUGAACUCUAUUCGCUUCUAGUCUAAAAGAUACAAAUGAUAAAGGGAAAGGAAGAAAGAGGACUGGAAAUUUGCUUGAAGAGUGUUUCUCACCCUCUUAGAAAUCUAUCACGUUAAAUUACAGUUAAUGCAUUUUGGGUUUAUUUGAACAGAAAAAAAUUAAAAAAUAAAAAUCAUACAGUAGGUGACUCAGCAUGAAGCAUUACCAAUAAAAUGUUUUCUUCUCUUUAGAACAAUGUACUUAAAAAUAUUUACAUCUCACUAUCAAGUGAGAAACAAUGGCUUUCUUGUUCCAAAAGGAAAAAAACAUGUAGAGAAACUAAUCCACCACACUGUAGAAUUUAACAGAACCCUCCAUGCUGAGGAAAAUAGGAGUGGGACAGACUCUGUAACAACAAGAAUCAAAGUGGAGUUUUAAGUACUGCAAAGCCUUGAUUGCAACCAUAAUUCUGUUCUGAAGUGACAGCCUUAUGAUUUGUGAACCAAGCUAUGCAAGGUGUGAAUUACCCUGUAAGAUAACAGCACACUCAGAGCUGAGCUUCUUUUAGAGUCACCAUCUAAAACAGUGAGUUGGGCAAGGAACUCUGGCUGGAAGUACUCCAGGGUCCUAAAAGCCAGGGUCCUGAAAGGACCUCCACCUCCUUGAAGGUCCAUGAAAUGUACUAGUCCAGAUGGCAGAAACAGACACUAUUUAGGAAGGCUAUCACCAGGACAUAACGCAACUGCUGAGUGAGCAAAGCACACAUGGUACUGAAGGGAAGGUGACAAGAGAACUUGUAAGCAUCUGGGUUGUUUGUUUUGUCUGAAUUUUUAGUUAGUCUUUCCAUUGCUCAAACUUAGACAUUGUAAAACUGGAAUGUUUUACUCAGUUGCAUGCUGGCCAGCUGUCAUUUUUAAUACCCCUUGCAAAGGUGUGUGAAGAGAGCUGUGUUGUUUUGGUAUACUUUAUUUUUAAUAACACAAUCAUUGUACCGUACUUUAUUAUUUCUUGUUCAAUAAAUAGUCUUGGUAUCUCUGUUUCAUGUCUAAUUUUGGAGAGCAGAGCCAUUCCUGUACCGAGGCUCUCUCUACUAGGUGGGCAUUUUGUUUGUUUAGUAAAAAUAAUGCAUGAUUCCUUUUCGCAGUGAUGGUUUGAGGGACAAAAAAUUUCUUAAUUUUAUAAUAUGUACUACAAUCUUCUAAACACAAGUAAAAAUGUACUGUGAUCUAUUUAUAUAAAUCUAGUCUGAACAAGUAAUUUUGAUCUUAAUAAAAACUCUGUAUGAAAUUGUGCAAUUGUAA